AUUUUUGGGUCGCUCUGGACUUCUCAGGGCAAAUGGGUUUCAAGAAGCUCCUGAAACCCAAACCUCUCCAAUUAUGGAAACAACCACCACCACCAACACUCUCUCCAAUCCCAAACCCCUCUCUCCCGGCACCACCGCCAACGCCUCCCACCGUGCUCCCCACUCUCACUCUCUCCGACCACACGCCCACCCACCACGCCCACCUCCUCCGCUUCCUCAAGGCCCAUCUCACACCACCCAUCACCCCCGCCCACCUCCUCCACUUCCUCAAGUCCAAGCUCCGCCACCACCCUUCGCUCACCCACUACGACUUCCACAUCUUCAACUGGGCCUCCACCAUCGACUCCUUCCGCCACGACCACUCCACGUUCGAAUGGAUGGCCCGCACGCUCGCCGUCACCGACCGCUUCGACGAACUCGGCUCCCUCCUCCACUUCAUGGCCUCCAGCCCCUGCCCCUGCUCCGACGGUAUCUUCUCGUGCCCUUCCACCGAACCCAUCUUUAGAUUUUCGAUCAAUGCGUAUUGUAGAGUUGGGAGAUUGGAUGAGGCUGUUGUUGCGUUUGAAACUAUGAGAAAAAUGAUUGACGGGAGGCCCAGUGUGACGAUGUAUAAUAUUUUGAUUCAUGGGUUUGUGAAAUGUGGGCAGCACGAGAAUGCACUGAAGGUGUAUGAUGAAAUGAUUAAGAGUAGGGUUAAGCCGGAUGUGUAUACGUUUAAUAUUUUGAUUAGUAGUUAUUGUCGAAAUUCGCAGUUUGGGUUAGCUCUGGAGUUGUUUAAGGAGAUGAGAGAAAAGGGUUGCAGUCCAAAUGUUGUUAGUUUUAAUACUUUGAUUAAGGGGUUCUUUAGGGAGAGGAAGUUUGAUGAAGGGGUUGCAAUGGCUUACGAGAUGAUUGGAUUGGGAUGUGAGCUUUCGAGAGUGACUUGUGAAAUAUUGGUUGAUGGGCUUGGUAGAGAAGGUCGGGUGUCGGAGGCAUGUGACCUAUUGAUUGAUUUUUCAAGGAAAGGAGUUUUGCCCAAUGGGUAUGAUUAUUUAGGUCUGGUGGAGGCACUUUGUGGGAAUGGAAAUGCAGGUAGAGCGUUGGAGGUUGUGGAUGAGCUAUGGAAGAGAGGGAAUGUUCCAAGCUUUGUUGUUUGUACUACUUUGAUUGAAGGUUUGAGAAGGUUAGGGAGAAUUGAUGAAGCAUUUAGACUGAUGGAGAGGAUGCUUAGAGAGAGUAUGGUUCCGGAUAGUGUGACUUUUAAUUGUCUCCUUCAAGGUCUUUGCAAUGUGGGAAGAACUGUGGAUGCAAAUAGCUUGAGGUUGUUGGCUUCACGCAAGGGUUUCGACCCAGAUGGAAUGACCUAUAGUAUUUUGGUGUCUGGUUAUACUAGAGAGGGAAAACAGAAGGAGGGGGAAGUGGUGGUGGAUGAGAUGUUGGAUAGGGGGUUUAUACCUGAUCUUGUUACAUAUAAUAGGUUGAUGGAUGGGCUUGCUAAUGCAAGAAGUUCUGUGCAGCGGCAAGCUAAUGUUAUCAUUAGUAAUUGAGAAUACCAACAUUUUUUUGGAUUGGGUUUUUUUAUUUUUUUUAUUUCAGUGUCCAUACUUGAUUGAUAACGAGGAAAAGAACCAUCAUUUCAGGAAGUUUACUUGCCUGUUAUAUUUCUGAUGUUGAUAUCAUGAACGGCACCUGAAGGGAAAGAAAUAUGUAUGUUUGGACUCGAUUAGAUAUAGAAGGUUCUGAAGACAUGAAAACAUGGACAACUCUUGAUGAGAUAUAGAAGGUUCGGAAGUUAGUGGAGAUUAUUGUAACUGGGUUUCGUUCUUCACCAACGGAUCCUCUCCGGUCUUUGGCAGUAGUUCUUUAGCAACAACCAUUUCCCAGUGGUUGUUGUUUUUACUGGUCGGGGCUCUUUAAGUCAUUUUGCCAUUUAAAAUCGCAUUAUGUAGCCUCAGGAAAGAUUCGGCUUGUUUAUGGUUCUUCUGGAAUCAUAGAUGAUUACCAUUGUUUACUGUUACCUAUUUAUGUUUGUAUUUUGCUACCUUUUCCGUUGUUGUUUUGUUGGUUUAUAGUUUGAUCCCUUUCCCCCUUCCCAUGUUUGAAUAAAAAAAAAAGGAAAGUCGGUAGUUUCGAGUGGA